UUUUAAGAUGAAAUUAAUUUUAUUUUUUAGAAGUUUAGGGGGGAUAAUACGUCAUUUAUAAAGAAAAGGUGUGUAAUUGUGAAUGCAAGGGAGAAUAUUUAUGUUUUUUUCCUAAUAGAAAUUAUCCCUAAACAAAACACUUAAAUUCCCCAUAUUCCCGUAGUACCCUUUUGAUUCCCCCGCCGGAGAAUCAUCGACGGGAACCUUCACCACCGUGAACCGCCGCGAGCAAAUCGGAGGCCGGAGCAGAAUCAAUGGAGCGAGAAGUGAUAGAAGCAGAAUUAGUACUACCAACACACAUGAAAUUCAAGAAGAUUCAGAUGUAUGAUAAGUACCCUAAAGGACAAGCUAGAGGCCGACACUGGAAACAUCUUAAGCAGAUUAUACAAGCUGAAAAUUACGAUAAUUAUCCUCCUCAUUUACCUACUUAUGUUAACAUUGAAACGCCACCUUCAAUGCAUCCAGGCAAAAAGAUAUGCGACAUAACUGGAUUCGAGGCACCAUAUUUUGACCCAAGAACUAAACUCCGUUAUGCUAAUACCGAGGUUUUCAAGACAAUAAGGUCGCUCCCUAACGACUAUGUUCAGAGGUACUUGGCUCUCAGAAAUGCAGCUGUUGUUCUGAGAUAGAUGCAGAACGCGGAAUAGAUAGUUGUAAAUUUAUGUGGAAAGUAGAGGACAUUUGAAAUUAUAGUUUCUGAAUGCUCGGCGCAGACCUGUACAUCGACUUGUACUAAGAGAAGAAAUCAUAGCUUAGUUUUCUAGAUCUCUUAAACUUCUCUGGGAAUGUAGUACUGAAUUGGCUCUUUGAUAUCUGGAAACUGUUCUGCUUAUUAUAUAAUCUGUGCUUAAUUGGUUUA